ACGAUGCGUUUCGUGUCCCAAGCAAGAGCAUACGGCGUCGUAUCAGUUCAUCUCUCUGGUUGGGCCCCUUGGUUUCUCUCCAUUUCUUUCCAUCUUGAUUACAUUGAUCAGGUUCGGUUUCUUCAUCUUAGUCUCGCCAUUUCUUCUCGAAUUUUCAACUCGAUCAUAGCUUCCACACUUGUUGAUUCUUCCAUUCGAUUUCUUCGUAUCCUGUAAAUCGGUGCCGGAAAGCGUCUUUGUUUUGAUCUUCAUCGAUCUUCAUCUCCAUGUCCAUGCUCGCCUCCUUCUUCUACAAGGGCUUCAAGGCUGCCCAAUGUAAAACGCUGCUUAAAUUGACAAUUCCACGGAUAAAGCUGCUGAGGAAUCGGAGGGAGAUUCAGCUUAAGCAGAUGCGCCGAGACAUAGCUAAGCUUCUUGAGACAGGUCAAGAAGCGACUGCUCGCAUUCGGGUAGAACAUAUAAUCAGAGAAGAGAAUAUGAUGGCUGCUCAGGAAAUUCUCGAAUUGUUUUGUGAGCUUAUUGUUGUUCGUCUUCCAAUUAUUGAAACACAAAGGGAAUGUCCUCUAGACUUGAAAGAAGCAAUCUCGAGCGUGUGUUUUGCUGCUCCAAGGUGUGCUGAUCUUACAGAGCUUCUCCAGGUUCAGUUGCUUUUUGCUGUUAAAUAUGGGAAGGAAUUUGUAUCAGCUGCAACAGAGCUUAUGCCUAACUGUGGCGUUAAUCGUCAGCUGAUAGAGCUGCUUUCUGUUCGUGCUCCUUCACCCGAGAAGAAACUGAAGCUCUUAAAGGAAAUCGCCGAAGAACACGACGUAGAUUGGGAUCCUGCUGGAACUGAAGCCGAGUUUAACAAAUCACCAGAAGAUUUGCUUAAUGGAUCGGCACAGUUCGUCAGCGCAUCAAAAUUACCCCUUCCUCAAGAGAAACACAACGAAGCAUACAAUGCACCACAACCUGAUUCUGAUUCUGAAUUGGACAUGUUAGACUUCCCUGAAGUUCCAAAGAUAUCAGUAUCUCCACAUUCUACUAUAGAUCCUGGUUCUGCUUCAUCGAUGAUCCCUCCUCCGUCAACGUCGCCACCGCCUGAAACUACUCGUGAUUCAUCGAAGUAUUCUUGUAUUCCUGAAACCCCACCAGAAGAUUUACACUUGAGACGUGGGGAGGUGACACCGGUACGAUCUGUUUCACCCAGCAAGGAUCAAAUGAAUAUUUCGGUUGGUGAAGAUAAACAGUUUUUGCCUUUUAUAGCUCCCCCGUCAAGGACCCGUGAGGAGAAGUUUAGUUUCAAACCACAGUUCGAACCCGAGAUAAAUUCACCACCACCCUCGGUUUCAAGGACACCUGAUGAGAAAUAUGGUUUGAAGUAUGAACAGGAGAUAAUUUCACCCCCACCCUCUGGUUCAAGGACAAAGAGUGAUGUGAGUUUGGAUUUGCAGGACGUGUUGGCAGCUGCUCAGGCUGCUGUUGAAACCGCCGAGCGUGCUGCAGCUGCAGCUCGCUCAGCAGCUAGUUUAACAAAGGUUAGAAUCGACACGCUCACAAUGAAAACGAACGAUCAGGACCCUGAAAUUUGUUGCGAGAAUCCGUUCCAUGGAGCUACUACAAGUCCACCAGAUCAUGAACAAACAUUCCACCUAAACCAACAAGAUUCUAUAGGGCAUCAUCAUUCUAGCUCUAUGCCAUAUUAUUCACAAGAUUCUUUCCAAGAACAUCACAAAGAAAGCCCCGGUUCAGAUGUUUCCGAUCACCACCGGUUCGAGUCACAGAAAUCGGGUUUCGACUCCUCUCCCGGUGAUUCACCAUCCGAACACAUAACAAUCCCCCAUCAGCCCCAGAGGCUUCCAUCGAUGGACGACGACCCAUACUUCUCGUACCCAAAUUUAUUUACAUCACAGAAACCAAAUCCAGGAUUUGAUCAUUCAUCAGCUGAUGGUUCUUGAUCUUCAGGAGGUAUGAGUUUUAUGCCAUGCCCUAAACCCUAAACUCACUAGAUGGGCUCGUAUGCAUACACCGGAGUCUAACUACGGUCUAGCGCACAUUCACGUUGUUGGAAGCCAUAAAGGGAAAGGAGUGUGUAUCAUCAUGAUGUAUGCAUCUGUACUAAUCAUACUGAGAAAAUAUCUCAAUGCCCGUGAUAUAAAAUAUGCAUGAAAUCUAUAUUAGAUAAUU